ACCAUGCAGAUUAUGCGGUCAAAGAUCAUUGAUCAAGUCCUCGAAUGUUUCCGUCUGAAACUUUCACUCAGACUUCUAAAAUACCACUCUUGCGAGUUGCUGCUUAAUAACUUUCUUUGUUGUGUUUCUUUCUAUCCUUUUUUCUUUCGCUGUCGACCCUCCCAACAGCUUAUUCGACUUGAAAAUUGUUACGAUUCCUUGCCUUUGAAAAAUCAACUUUGCAGCUUUAGCUUUGCAAUGAAGCAUUUGAGAUGCUCCAUAUAUUUCUAAUCAUCUGAGGCGCGAGUAAGGAUCUGUUAUUCACAGGGCCUAAGCUUUUACAGUACUGUUGCGCUUGCUAAUGGCGAAAUCUGAGCAACUGGUUUUUGUAUUCUAAUUUUGGCGUUGUUUGGCGGCCAGCUAAGGCAAAUGACAUUACGCAUCGGCACCCACCUGUCGUUACCCAUUCACCAUUCAGGUUUAGGCACAAGUCGCUCGUCUUUGCUUUGUUUUAUUUCACGCAGUUUGUUGAUAAAUUUACAAAUCAUUUGAUUUGUUCAUGUUUUAAUAUCUUUGAUUUGAAAUGUAACAAAGGCCAAGUUGGGUUCGGAGAAAAUCCUACAAUCAUGUCUUCAUUUUGGAUUGAGUUUGUACUUUAUCUUUUCCUUGCAGUUACUGCUACAGCUGAGGAAACUUUCAUAGCAAAACUUGUCGGAGUGAAAAACCCAAAUGUAAAAAGAACGCAUCGCCUCGAAGGCAGAAACGAAGUAUUUGCGACACGAGCUACUUCCUUUAUGAAGAAAGAUGGCGACUUAUUCAAAGUCCACAGGCCUGGCCUUUUAGGCAAAGAAAACACUGUUUCUUUUGAAUCUGUGAGACUUCCAGGAUUCUUCCUUCGCCAGAAAAACAAGAAAGUGCAUCUUGAUAACCUCAAAAGCAGAUAUAUUUUAAAAGAUGCGACGUUUAAAGAGUCAAGGAACGGAAUCGGAGAGAAUUUCCGUUUGUUUCUCCAUGACAAACUUUACCUCUGCCACGAACAGAACCGAGGCCUGUCGCUGUUUAUGUUUGCAGACUCACCGAAGAGAGACAAGUUUAACUGUGCAUUUAACAUAGUCCAGCAGGCCGGUACGAAAAAUGAGGCCGUGGUGACUGAAGCACCAGGCAAGGUAAAGGACCACGUUUCCACAUAUGUUAAAAGCAAAGCGACUGGAGAGUCGUAUCCAGAGUUUAAGGACCUUGUAAAUGCGAUAAAACAAAACAAAGAUCCUUUUCCAUCUCAAGCUGGAGAGGGACUUGUUGUUGUCUCCGGGCAGCCGGCAAAUGACGCAAAUAAGGCUAAGGCUGAAAAGACAGCAAAAGAGAAUGCAAAACCAAACGCAACGAAAAAUGCGAAGACGAGGACAGCUGCGACAAAGAAAAUGGCAGCCCUGAACAAGGGUGCUGCAUCAAAAACACAUGCCAACAAGCCUGCAAGAAAAAACAUUGCCGCGAAUGCUGGGCCUAAAUUGUCCCUUGGUAGUGCAUCAUUACGGCCGCUUAGCUCACAUAAGAUGCAGCCCCUGCAUGAAAAGGAUACUUCGUUUUUCAAGCCGGUUGGCAACCAGUGGGUUAAAGGCAAUGCCAAGUUGCUUCAAUCAAAUUCUUAUUAUAAGCAACUGAAGUAUCAACAAGACCUGGCAAAAAAGCGAGCUUUCAUGAAACAACAAGCUCUGACGAAGCAACAUACAUUCGCAAGACAACAGGCUUUAAAGGGGAUGCAGUACUCCAAAAACAUGAACGCUUAUUUCGCUAACAAGAAUAAGUUGAACCAACAACGGUUGCAGGAUGUUGCAGCCUCAAACAGACAGAUCGUUUCGCAUAUCUUCCCCGCUCCGAUAUCCAACCCUAUAGGACAGCCCAUUCAAUACAUACCCCCAAGCCAGUGGAAUCACGUGAUGAGUUUGAAUGAAGGCUCUUUGAUCCAUAAACCGGUCCAGGCUCCUCAAUGGACUCAUAACGCCCAAGACUUGAUAAAAAGCCACUCUGCAACAAGCUCCUACGCAGUAGAUAACUUGUUGACUGAACUGCACCCUGAGCUCAAUUUACUACACAAUGCUCACCAUGAUGUCAACGAAGUUGUUACAUCGGAUCCAAACAUUCACCAUAUUGAUUUAAAUCCUGUUGUUAAUCCCCCGUUUCUCAGUCAUCCGACCCCCGUCCAAAUCACUACCAUGCCUCACGAAACUGCGACGCAUGAAGACCUCGCAGAGGUUGCCAGGGAACCCGUAGCUUCCGUAGAGCAUAUAACGUUGCCAUCGGCAACCCCGAUAGCAGGUCAUAGCAACGAGGUAUCUGUCCACGUGGAACAUGUGCCAUCACUCAUGGUUUCUGUACCUCAUCCUUCAGUUAUCACUUCAAAUUUGGAAGCGGCACACGAACUUGUGCACACGCAUCCGGACAUAACGUUGCAGGAAGCGUUUGACAAGAUGGAACCGAUCCAUACUCACCCGAUUGAAAUUGGUAGCGAGGCGGUUCAUCAUAUUCACUCAGAAAACGAGCCAGACAAAGCAUUUCAUAUGCGCACGCAUUACGUCACUGGUAAGCCUGUUGACAUGAGCGAUGGCAGCGAAGAUGACAACAUGAAAGAAGUUCACGUCGUGCAUCAUAAUCAUCAUCUUGUGCAUACAGCAAACGAAGAAGAACAACAGAAAUUUGUGUCAACUUUAGUUAAUGCAGUCGAUGAUCUGUGCAUCUCUUUGGUGUUCAUAAAUGAACUUGACGAUCGCUACAGAUUAGUUUCGACUAUCAAUCCUCACGGAUAUCGACCUAAAGGAAAGAAAUUCUCACUAAAAACAAUUUUCAAGGAGCCAAAAAGCAGGAAGGUGAUGUCCUUUAAAGGUUACGAUGAAGAGGAUUCCCACAGGGCAGUGCUGCUAAACGGCCAUAAAGAGUAUAACGUGUACCCGACUAGUUGUGCGGAGGAACCGACAAAAGUCGUAGUCGACAGUGUCGUCUCCAAGACUGGUAUAGUCACCACUGGCACUAAGAAGAACGAAGUCUCUGCCCACAAGCGCCAAUCCGAUUCUUGCACCCGGGUGUCCCAUGGAACUGACGGGCCUGGAGCAUGCUGUGUUUUCCCGUUCGUUUUCAAUGGCCAGACUUUCGACAAAUGUAUUCCGUUUCGUGAUGGCGAAGAGAAGCAAAAAUGGUGCUCGUUGACAUCGAAUUUUGACGCAGAAAGAAGAUGGGGCAUGUGCAGCAUUCCAGACCUCGGAAUGCUGCAAGCUGAACCCGCCGAAGAAGACAAAAACCCUUUAUGUCCUUCGAAGUGCAACAACGAGUGUGGCAAAGACUGCCCGAUGGCCUGUUGUUCAGACUCAACAUCAAGCCUUUUGCAUUAACGUCAAGGGAGCAUUCAAACCUAGCUUAAGGUGGAAGGGAAGUGGAAAGAGCCUUAAGGUGGUUAUGACUGGGACGGGUACACAUGAUCCUUCCCGUCCUAGCCAAUCACCGUCUUUCUUUGCUCACCGGCCUACCAAUCUAUCCCAUCAUGGAAUGCUUCUCCGAGUUAUUGAAUCUGCAUUCGAAGCAUGGUGGUUUUUGCUAGCAAAGCAUGGCAACGUUUGUCAAAUCAGGAAUAUAACAUUAUAUUCUCUCAUUAUGUGGAGAAACUCUAUUUUGAUAGGCAAACACGCUAUAACGGGAACCCUGUAUUUUACACCAAGUCCAUUAUUUUGAUUCGUUGUGGGAUGUUGUUGUGUACGUAAUUGGCAAGUACUUUACUCAUUUAUUUACAUUUUCGUCCGUUUUUAUAAUUUUAUGCCACCAAAUCAAAACUUUGCAUAAAUAGAACGGGUUUAUCGAUUCCCCUGCAUGUCAAUUUUCCUUUUCUUAAAUAAAAUUGCUGUUUUAGAGCAAAACGUCUUUAAAUUUCCAAUGUAUGCGAACCAUUUACACGUUUGUUUUAUUUUACAUUUUCAAUAGCUUUGCGUUCAUUUCUGCAUAGUUUAGAUGUCCCAAUUUAUACCUCGAUACAUUCACUCAUUUUUAUAAGAAGCUAAGCUUGGGAUCAGCAAUCAGUUUCUAAAUUUUUAUUGAUUUCAGUGCUGGACUUUUUUAAAGGUUUCUAUGGUACCAAAUGUCAGCGAGCUUAGAAGAUGCUCAUACCUCUCAAUUAAGCAGGAUAUAUGUCUAAGCGUCGACAAGAAUCAAAACCACCAAUUAUUAAAAGCUGGAUUUUUGAGCAGAAUAUUUUUGUGACCUUAGGACUCUGCUACUUAUGUUCGAUCUUUGUAAAAAAUGGGUCAACGGGUGUUUGCAAGAUUAACGUGCAGUCAUGAGUGUUUGCGCUCGUAUCACUGGCAACUUAUAUAACAAUAUAACAAUUUGCCCGUGCGAAACCCGUGCGAUAAAAGCAUCUGAUUAUAUAAACGUCUUCGCAUGGUUUUUUGUCACGUUGCUAAAUAGGAAAUAAAUUUAACUCAGUUUUAGAGAACACCUGUCGUACGUUUUGAACAAUUGAUCUUGAUAGUUUUAUGUUUAAUAAAACACAGCGAAAUAAAACAGAAACACAUUGCUUGGGUUUCUACAUUGAUUUAUCCAUUGGCGAGUUUUACAAUAUUUUGAAAUGUGUUACGGCUUCUAACCAAAAGAUUUAAAACAGCAUGAAGUGUUGGGUCUUCUUGCACUUUGAAUUGGUGAUUUGAAUUGGUAAUUUACAUUCCACAAUUAAUCAUGCCCAUCAGCUUGGCCCUUCUUCGCUUGUAUGCGUAGCCUUCGAUUGAUGGAUUUCGCCUGCAGUACCAAUGAUAAACUGCGGAACCGGGAGCACGAUCUAUCUGGUAUUCUGGAAGACGCUCAUACGGGUCCAUGGAAUACAUAUCAGCCCCUAGAAGGAAAGGCAUCUUAUCAUAAAACUGCACGACAGUAUGUCUGUAUUUAAUCACCUAAAACGUAUUUUCGCGCAACAGAAUUGGCAAAUUCAUCCAACUGAGUAUUUGCAUACCAGCAAUCUCUGAAUUGUGCGCAGCUGGCGCGGACCCAUUAAAAUUUCCAUUAAAAGCAACAAAUGAAGGCUCUCACAUCAUCACAAACUGUGUUUCUCUCCGGCUGGACGAUUUCCCGCCAUCAGCCGAGCGCAAAGCCUUUGACAGCGCUGUCGACUUGCCCUGGAAGCGUUUUUAGUUUUUCCAAGUGCAAAACAGCCUCAUGUGAAGCUCGGGCCAGCAAUUUUUGCUCUUCGCUAAACCUCGUAUCCACCCGAGCAUGCCGAAUAGAAUGUCAGCGUGACCGCAGCGUGUUAAAAAGCGCUUUUCAAGGCAAUAAAAAUCAAUUUAUAACUGCUUCACAAAUUUAUCGUCAAUAUGAAGCGUAAAAAAGCACAAGAAACCCAGCAGUUUCUAACAAAACCAAAUUUGAGUAGAGUUUUUAAAGAUAUUUAAAGAAGAUGUCUCUUGUCUUGAAAUUGUCUUUAUAUUUUCAUAUCCGCGUUCGGGAGGCAAUUUGCAAGAAGUCACGGCCCUCCCAAAGAGAAAGUAGAUUUUAUCGUAGAAAAGACUGACAUUUUUACAAAUCAUCUUUUCGAAACUAUUGAACCCCUUAAAAUUAUUAAACUCUUAUAAAGGGAUCGCUGAAUCAUGAUCUUUUAGAAUUAUAAAUUCUUGCUCUAGAUCGAUUUAUGCUCGAAACAUAAUUUUCAGAUUUGUAAUUCCUCCUAUUGUGGGCCAUUAGACGUUAAUAAAAGAAAUUAAUCCUGUAUACAAGAUUAGAAAUUGAAACUGAAAUAUAGAAUUAAAUAUCACAAUAUGGCGUGAUCUUAAUUUUAUACCCAAAUGGGAUAUAAGAAAUUAAAUCAAUAAUUGUAAAAGCUAUGCGCUUUACGAAGAUAAUAAAUAUGUUAUUUAAUUGUU